UUUUACUCGUUGUCCAAACAGCUGCAUCAAUGUUCAUCGCAGUGUUCUCAAACAUGUUAUACGCGGCCUCGUGUCAGAGGACUUUGAGGUCGGCUGCUGCCAACAUGAUUUCUUUGACAUCAUUAAUUCUAUAUCCCAUGUCUCAUUACCAAGGCCACGAGCCGCCCAUUGGAAAGACGUGGGGAAGUGGGUCAGGAAGUGUGCAGUCGAUGGCAAUGAAUGGUCCCAAACAGAGGACCCUAGUGUGUUGUUUUGUCAAAGGCUUGGGGUCUACAAACAAAGUCAUGCUAUGUGUGUGUAUGUUAAGCGCAGCGUAAUAUUAGCCACUGAUGACCAGGGUCCUGGGGACCCCAGCCGUAGUGGCCUGUUUGUCUCUGUUUCCACAGGCAUAACUCCAGCAGAGGUGCAGCCCAAAUUGGCAGGAGUUCCAAAUUCCGUUUGGGCAAAGGGUAAACAUGAUGUGGGCCUAAUAAAGAAUGCUGAACCAGUGGUGAUCACCCCCAAAUCAGAUUUCAGGCCUAAACAGACCCAGUACCCACUCAAACCAGAAGCAAUUGCAGUUAAGAAGGCAAGAAAACCGUCCCAGCCCGAUGAGUGGAGGUUUGUCCAAGAUCUGCAAGCAGUCAAUGCUGCGGCUGUCCCGCGCGCGCCUGACGUCCUUAAAGAGCGCUCUGCAGACCACACCCACUCUGGGACUGCCUGACCCCAAUAAACCAUUUUGUUCAAAGUGUAGAUGAAAAGAAGGGUUUUAUGACCUCUGUUCUUUUGCAGAAACAUGGGGAUAGAUUGAGACCUGUAGCCUACUUCUCCGGCAGGCUGGAUCCAGUGGCGGCUGGACUUCCUGUUUGCCUGUGUGCAGUUGCUGCAGUUGAAAAGGCGGUAACUGCCUCCAGAAAUAUUGUGGGGUAUUCUAACCUCACCCUUUUGGUCCCACAUGCUGUCUCCCUGCUUCUGUUGGAGAAAAAGACGUCACAUUUGUCAGCACAGAGAUGGUUGAAGUAUAACACUGUCAUACUUGAUAUGCCUAACAUCACUGUGAAACGUUGUACUGUUCUGAAUCCUGCCUCUCUUCUCCCUACAGAGGACGAUGGAGAGCCACAUAACUGUGUAGCUCUCACUAACGAUUUUUGUUCCCCCAGGGCAGACUUAAAGAGCGACCCUUUGGAAAAUCCAGACAUGAUCCUCUAUGUGGAUGGUUCAGCCUCCAGAGACCCAGAGACGGGAAAGAACAAAGUAGGUUUUGCCAUAGUCUCAGAUCACGAGGUCCUCAAGGCGUCGUGUCUGCCCUCAAACCUGUCAGCACAGGCCGCAGAGCUCUGUGCCCUUAUCGAGACAUGCAAAUUGGCUGCAGGGUGAUCUGUCAAUAUUUUUACGUACAGUAGGUACACGUUUGGCGUUGUGCACGAUUUUGGCACUAUUUGGAAACAUAGAAAUUUUCUCACUAGCACAGGAUCUCCCAUUGCACAUCAUAAACUGGUCUCUGAGUUGUUGGAUGCUGUUCUACUCCCUAGAGCCAUUGCUGUGUGUAAGUGUGCUGCCCAUACUAACAAUACUGAUCUUGUUUCUCAAGGGAAUGCCAGGGCGGACGCGGCAGCUAAGUGUGCAGUCUCGGCUUCCAGUUCACCCUCUAACCUUGCUUUUCCUCAGGUUUCUACCCCUUGUUUACAGCUAGCGGACCUUCAGAGCACUGCCACCCAGGACGAGAGACGAGUCUGGAAACAGGCGGGCUGUAUCCUUGCAAACUCGGUCUGGGUUUGUCCCUCGGGCCGUCCCUGUCUACCAAAAUACAUGUUCCCUUUCUAUGCAAAAUUGGCACAUGGGCUCACCCAUGUGUCAAAAGGGGGGAUGGUAGCAGAAGUAACAAAGAGAUGGUUCACAAAGGGGUUUUCAAAUUAUGCUGCAAAAUUUUGCAAGCAAUGCUUGAUAUGUGCACAACAUAAUGCAGGUCAAGGUAUCAGACUAACUCAAGCAGCACACCCAAUACCAGACAAACCAUUUGAUCACCUCCAAAUGGACUUUAUUGAACUGACACCUAGUGAAGGGAAAAGGUACUGCCUGGUAAUAGUUGACAUGUUUUCAAAAUGGGUAGAAGUAUUCCCCACAGCUAAACAAGACUCAGAGGCAGUAGUCAAAGCACUCCUGAGAGAUGUAAUUCCUAGGUGGGGUAUACCUAGCAAAAUCUCAAGUGACAAUGGAACACCCUUUGUUAAUGCAGCCCUAAAGAAAAUAGGAGCAUUCCUAGGGAUAGACCUGAAACAACAUUGUGCCUAUCAUCCUGCCAGUGCGGGAGCAGUAGAGAGGGAAAAUGGGUCACUUAAAAAUAAACUAAGCAAAGCUUGUGCAGAAACAGGGCUAGGAUGGACAAAGGUCCUCCCUGUAGCACUCACACAAAUGAGGAUGCAAACUAGGCCUAAACAUGGGUUAAGCCCAUUCGAAAUUCUAUUUGGACGAGUACCCAACACGGGGAUAGGGCUAGCUCAAGGAACACUGCUGGACACCACACUGUGUGAUGAUGCAAUGUUGAAUUACUGUGCAACGUUGUCCUCUGCUUUGAAAUCUAUCCACAAACAGGUAAAAGAAGCACUUCCCAAACCCGCUGAGGGACCUCUGCACGAUCUACAACCAGGGGAUUGGAUCGUGGUGAAGGAUUUCCGACGAACCAAGUGGAACAAGCCACGGUGGAAUAGCCCAUUCCAGGUCCUGCUCACGACCCCAAUGGCAGUGAAGGUCACAGGCAGAGUGACGUGGAUCCACGCUAGCCGCUGUAGGAGGGUUCCUGAACCGGCUGAGCAGGAGGAAAAGAAGGCCUAAGUGACCAGACGCUGACUAAAGCUCGUGAGGAAGAAAGGCAUCACUGCAUGGAACAGUGCGAGUAUCACAUCAAUCACGCACGCACCCUCAAUAGGGAAGAGUAUUUCAGUGUCUAGCUGAUAGAUAAGUCUAGGGUUUUGAGUUUCCUCCAAGUCCCGGUGAGGUGGGACGAGGGCUGAUAGGGCGUGCCCGCCCUCUGAGCACCAAUACACGUCAAGAAGGGCAAGGGUUAACUCGGUAACAUCAUUGAGGCACUGAACAAGAUGCGCAAGGUUGAACAAUCACGAGCAGAUGAACAUGGAGGAGUUGAAGACAACUGAUCGUGUUGGUUUAGUGGAUGGAAGACUCUAAUUCUAUCCACCAUACCAGUCCUGGGCUUAGUGAUUGUGAUGUUAUGUUUGCUCCCUGUUCUCUGUCAAUGUUGUAUGUCUGUGUUUCAGAGGCAGCUGACAAAUAUUGGUUACCAGAUGGUGAAAAUAGACUCAGAUGACUUGCCUGACUGGCCUCCAAACUCAGAUGAAGACUACAACCCACCAUUCGAUGACAUCAGCACAGUUGACAUGAAACUAGUCCUGACUUAAAACAUUUUCAUUAUGAUUGUUUCCUGUUCUAUUGUUUCCUGAUCUAUGUAUAUGGCUUGCUAGCAUUAACAUAAGACCUCUAUGUCUUAUAAAAACAGCCUUAGCAUUAUCCCUGUACACUCAAUGACGUGUUAAGUCGAAUCUCUCUGAGAACUCUUAUCACUGAAACUGUGUACAGUUCUUUUCUUUCCUUUUAGUAAUUUAUCCUAUAGGAUAAAAAGGGGGGAAUGUGAGGGAAUUUUUAAUGGAUGAACAUUAUUAUUCUCUGUGUUUCUGUGUGUUGAGCUCAAGUGGCCUAUACUGAGAAAGAUGUUUUUUCCUAUGUUGUAAUCGCUUUUCUGUGGCCUUGGUGGUAAUGAGCAGGGUGCUUGAGUUCAUCCUAGCUUGCAUCUUCUCAUGAUGUAACCACCUUUCCUGACCUUGGUGGUGAUAAGCAGGGUGCCUGAGUUCUCAUAACUACGCAUCCGCCCGCACGCCAGGUGCACGCUCUAACAAAGCUUCAUAGAAAAUCUUGAGCCAAUCACGUGAAGACACAAGCAGUGAGCGAAUGCUUUCAGAGUAUAAUAGAUAACAUUCCUAAAACACAACUCAGAGUGCGCGUACUCUCGGCAUCAUCAGAAGUGGUGUCUUCUAUUCUUCUCUUUCCUUUCCUAUUUUAUAUAUCUUUAUAUGAU